AUGGCUAAGCUUCUUGCACUCUCUCUUUCCCUUUGUCUUAUGCUUUUCAGUGGGUGCUUGGCUUUCAGAGCACAGCCACAACAAAAUGAGUGCCAUCUGGAACGCCUGAUUACCCUCAAACCCGAUAACCGUAUAAAGUCAGAAGCUGGCUUCAUUGAGACAUGGAACCCCAAAAACAACCAAUUUCGCUGUGCCGGUGUGGCUCUCUCUCGCUGCACCCUUCAACGCAAUGCCCUUCGCAGACCUUUCUACACCAAUUCUCCUCAGGAAAUUCUCAUCCAACAAGGUAAUGGUAUUUUUGGGAUGAUAUUCCCCGGUUGUCCUGAAACUUUUGAAGAGCCACAGGAAUAUGAACAAGGAAAAAGUGUCAAGUUCCAGGACCGUCACCAAAAGGUCAAUCAGUUCAGAGAGGGUGAUGUGAUUGCGGUGCCUACUGGUGUUGCUUUCUGGAUGUACAAUCCUGAAGACACCCCAGUGGUUGCUGUUUCUCUUAUUGACACCAACAGCUUCCAGAACCAGCUUGAUCAAAUGCCCAGGAGAUUCUACCUUGCCGGGAACCAAGAGCAAGAGUUUCUACAAUAUCAGCAACAGAGAAGUGGCAGUCAAAGCAGGAAAGGAAAGGAAGAAGCAGAAAAUGAAGGGGGCAACAUUUUCAGUGGUUUCUCUAUGGAAUUCCUGGAAGAUGCGUUAGGCGUGAACAAGCAAAUAGUGAAAAUCCUACAAGGUGAGAACGAGGAGGAGGAGAAGGGAGGCAUUGUGAAAGUGGAAGGAGAUCUCAGCAUCAUAAGCCCACCCACGAAGAAGCAGCAGCAAAAGGUGAAGGAAGAAGAAGAGGAAGAAGAAGAGGAAGAAGAAGAGGAAGAAGAAGAGCCUCAUUGCAAGACGAGGACACGCUCUUGUCCCUUCCCACGUGCAAGCAGAAGCAAAAGCAAAAAUGGCAUUGACGAGACAAUUUGCACCAUGAGACUUCGCCACAACAUUGGUAAAUCUUCAUCACCGGAUAUCUUCAACCCUCAAGCUGGUAGCGUCAAAAUAGCCACCAGCCUCGACUUCUCAGCCCUCGGGUGGCUCAAACUCAGUGCUGAGUUUGGAUCUCUCCUCAAGGGUGCUAUGUUUGUACCUCACUACAACCUCAACGCAAACAGCAUACUAUACGGAUUGAAAGGGAGGGCAUGGUUACAAGUGGUGAAUUGCAUGGGCGAGACGGUUUUCGACGGGAAUCUGGAAGAGGGUGAGGUGCUGAUAGUGCCACAAAACUUUGCUGUGGCUGCCAAGUCCCUCAGCAACAGCUUCAAGUAUGUGGCAUUCAAGACGAAUGAUAAACCCAUGAUGGCCACACUUGCAGGCGGAAACUCUUUGAUCAAUGCAAUGCCAGAGGAAGUGGUAGCUCGUUCAUUCAACCUGCGGAAGGAACAGGUAAGACAGGUAAAGAAGAACAACCCCUUCAAGUUCUUGGUUCCUCCUCGUGACUCUCAAAAUAGAGUUGUGGCUUAG